UAGCUUUCCUGAGGGUAUAAAUUCCUUUGUGAGUCCAGCCAGCCAGAGCCACCAUGAAGACAGCCAUAGUCUUGGUUCUGGUGACUUUGAUGAUCAUGGGAAUGAACAUUGCCUGUGAUCUAGCUUCUCCAAAACCAACACAAAAACCUGGAGCUUGUCCCGAGGUACAGGGAAACACUGCUGUCAAGUGUGCUGAUCACUGCUCAGGAGAUGACACGUGCCCCGAGGAAAUGAAGUGUUGCAGCAUUGGUUGUGGUCAUAUCUGCAUGUCUCCUGACUUGGAAACUGCCGACAGCCCUUGAAAGAUGGAUUCUCUAAUUACAUGCACGACUGAUGGCCAGGCCCGGAAGAUUUCUUCUGAAUCCAUGGAGCCCGGGCUUGGCUACUCCCUGCUCUAGAACUGCAUCCUUGGAAGAUGAAGAGCUAUCACGUGGCCACCACUUCCUCACAUGCUUGUGUCCAAAAUAAACUCUCCUUAGCAUUC